UCAGAAUAUCAAAAAUACAAAUACCAGAAUAUCAAAGAAUAGAUUUUUUUAAUUUUUCAGAACAAACACAAAACCCAAGCAACUUCUCUCGGCAAAUCGCGUCUUCUAACGCUGUUAGCCCUUCCCUCACAAAAAUGGCAGCAAUACAACAAAAUACAGAGAAUUCCUCAUCUCGUCCUGUUUCAGCUGUGGAUAAUCAAAUUAAUAAAAAUACAAAUUCCCCAACUCCAAUUAUUGAAAGAAGGAUAGCUACGGACGGGCUUAGACGUAAAUUUAGUCUUUCAGAUUCAUCUCAGGCAACACUGAGUGAAAGAUGCGUUGUAGUGGCUAGGCAAUCUGACGGUUUUGGCCUAACAGUAAGUGGAGAACACCCCCUUACUGUAGCUACACUAAAGCCUUAUGGAGCUGCACAAUUGGCAGGUGUCCGUGAGGGUGACAGAAUAUUGAAGGUUAACGGAAUGCUUGUCAGUUGUUCUAACUUUCAAGAAGUUAUCAAAAUGAUAUCUGGCGGCUACAAUUUAGUAUUAACACUUUUGGGGCCAGCACGUACCCACAGUGUUUCCUCCUGGGAUGAUGAAUUGUUUCCGGCAAUUCAAAAACCAAAGGAAAUAAAUAAUAAUAACAACAAUAACAAUGGAAUAUUAAUACAACAAACACCUAAUCCGGAACAAAUGAUGUUAAGUCUGGAAUGGCAAAGAGAACGGAGAGACGAACUUUUUCGAAUGUUAAACAAAGAAAGGGCUAAUCUUGAGGUGAAAAUUAUAAAUACCUAAAAGGGAUAAAAUUCUGACUUGUAUAAUUUCGAGAAAAAAAUUCUGAAAAAAAAAAUUCUGAAGAAAUUUCAGAAAAAUUCUGAAAAAAAAUUCUGAAAAUAAAUUCUGAAAAAAAUUUCUGAAAAAAAAUUCUGAAAAAAUUCUGAUUUAACAAAAAAAUAAAAACACAAAUAAUUCUGAAUUUUAAUGCUACCUGGUUUAAUUUUACCAUUUAUUUAUUGUGUUUUCCUCCAAAUUUUUUUCUAAUUUUUUACCAUUUAAAAUCAAGCAAAAAAUAUUUUCUUGUUGGACACAUUUCUCCCGUGGGAUUUUUCCUUUUUUAUUCUUCUUUAAAGUUCAAUUUCUUUUUUGCUUUGCUUUUUUGGUUAAAUUCCCAAAAGAAUGACAAAAUAUUAGGCUCCCAUACAAAAUCUCUAUUCCUUAAAAUCUCUAUUC